AAAACAAGUCGGUUUUCCGUUCAAUGUAUGUGGGAUAACAGACGUUCGGAUUUCUGAAUAUUUCAUUCUUGUCAUAUUUCUAAAACACUGAAGUAAUUCAUUAUCAGAGACAUUUUAAACUAAACAAAUACUAUGCGCGACGCAAAUGCAAACGAACGAACUGCACUCACCACUGGUACUGGUGGUGCAGAUUCAUUCGAAAUUUCCCCUAAAGAUCUACAGAAAUUAAUGGACUGUCGUAAAUUGGAGGCUGUUAAAUAUCUUAAUGAAAAAUACGGUGGAGUUGUAGGAUUAUGUCGAUUACUUAAAACAUCUCCACAAGAUGGUUUACAUGAAGAUGAUUUCUCUAAACGUAUUAAUACAUUCGGUGCUAAUGUUAUACCACAACAACGUGCUAAAACAUUUUUAAGAUUAAUGUGGGAAGCUUUACAAGAUUUAACAUUGAUUGUUUUAAUUGUUGCUGCAUUCAUUUCACUUGCAUUAUCACUUUAUAUAAAAUAUGGACAAGCACCAACAUUUGAUGAAUCGGAAGGACAAGCUGGUUGGAUUGAAGGUUUAGCCAUUCUAAUUGCUGUAUUUGUUGUUGUAUUUGUUGUGGCAUUGAAUGAUUGGCAAAAAGAACGACAAUUUCGUGGUUUACAAAAUAAAAUUGAAUCAGAGCAUACAUUUUUUGUUAUACGUAAAGGUGAUACUAAACAAAUUCCUGUAAAAGAAAUUGUUGUUGGUGAUGUAUGUCAAGUGAAAUAUGGUGAUCUCCUACCAGCUGAUGGUAUAGUGAUACAAUGUAAUGAUUUAAAAAUUGAUGAAAGCUCUUUAACUGGUGAAUCGGAUCAAGUAAGAAAAAGUGAAACAAAAGAUCCUGUCCUACUUUCAGGCACUCAUGUUAUGGAAGGUUCCGGUAAAAUGGUUGUUACUGCCGUUGGACCGAAUUCACAAGCUGGUAUAAUAUUUGCUUUGCUAUCUUCUGGUUCUCAUGAUGAACAUGGUGGCGGUGGUCAAGAGAACAAAAAAGAGAAAAGCAAAACUAAAAAGAAUGGUAAAAAAGGGAAAAAGAACACUAACAAAGUACCAUCUGCUAAUUCCGAUGCUUAUCAAAUGAAAUCAAAGGAGAAUAAAACAAAAACUGAAUCUGAUACAGAACAGACUUCGAAACCGAAGAAAAAACCACGUCGUAAAGAACAAUCUGUGUUACAAGCAAAAUUAACUAAAUUAGCCAUACAAAUUGGUUAUGUUGGUACAUGUGUUGCAAUAGCUACUGUCCUAAUAUUAAUCAUAAAAUUUUCAGUACAUACAUUUGCACAAAAUAAAGAACCAUGGCAAACUGGAAAACAUUUGAAACAAAUAGUUAAUUAUAUUAUUACUGGUGUGACAGUAUUAGUUGUUGCUGUUCCCGAAGGUUUACCACUUGCUGUAACUUUAUCAUUGGCAUAUUCAGUGAAACGUAUGAUGAAAGAUAAUAAUUUAGUUCGACAUUUAGAUGCAUGUGAAACAAUGGGCAAUGCAACAGCGAUUUGUUCAGACAAAACUGGUACAUUAACUACAAAUCGUAUGACAGCUGUUCAAUGUUUCAUUGGUAAUAAACAUUAUAAACGUAUACCGACAGCUUCAGAAUUACCAGAAUCUAUCACCAAUCUCAUAGUAAUGAAUAUAUCUAUUAAUAGUGGGUAUACAUCGAAACUUUUGCCUCCCGAUAUUCCAAAUGCUUUACCUAAACAAGUUGGAAAUAAAACAGAAUGUGCUUUAUUAGGUUUUGUCAAAUCUAUUGGACGUAGCUAUGAAGAUAUACGUACACAAUGGAGUGAAGAACGUUUAUAUAAAGUGUACACAUUUAAUUCAAUACGUAAAUCUAUGAGUACAGUUAUUAAAGAAUCAGAUAAUCCAAUGUCAUUUUUAUUGUUUACUAAAGGUGCUUCAGAAAUGGUUGUUAAAUGUUGUUCUUGGAUGAUGGAUGAACAAAAUAAACCAAGACCAUUCAGUCUACAAGAUCAAGAACGUUUAACUGAAGCAGUGAUUGAACCAAUGGCAGGUGAAGGUCUUCGAACCAUUGGCAUAGCUUAUAAAAAAAUUACAAUAGCUACAAAUUCAAAAAGUCCGAAUGAUAUGAUUGUACAAAGUGAACCGAAUUGGGAUGAUGAAGAACAUUUAUUAGAAGGUCUUACUUUAUUAGGUAUUAUUGGAAUUGAAGAUCCAGUUCGACCAGAAGUACCAGCUGCUAUACGUCAAUGUCAAAAAGCCGGUAUCACUGUACGUAUGGUAACUGGUGAUAAUGUAAAUACAGCACGAUCAAUUGCAAUGAAAUGUGGUAUUAUACAACCAGGUGAAAAUUUUCUUGUUAUUGAAGGUAAAGAAUUUAAUCGACGUAUUCGUGACAAAGCAACUGGUAAAGUUAGACAAGAUUUAUUUGAUCAAGUAUGGAUUAAUUUAAGAGUAUUGGCUAGAUCUUCACCUCAGGAUAAAUACACAUUAGUCAGUGGGAUAAUUAACAGUCGUGCAGCACCGUCACGUCAAGUAGUCGCUGUCACUGGUGAUGGUACAAAUGAUGGUCCAGCGUUGAAACGUGCAGAUGUUGGUUUUGCAAUGGGUAUAGCUGGUACAGAUGUAGCAAAAGAAGCAUCUGAUAUUAUAUUGACAGAUGAUAAUUUUUCAAGUAUUGUUAAAGCUGUUAUGUGGGGUCGUAAUGUAUAUGAUUCAAUUACAAAGUUUUUACAAUUUCAAUUAACUGUAAAUUGUGUGGCAAUUAUUGUUGCAUUCGCUGGAGCAUGCUUUUUAGAUGAUAGUCCAUUGAAAGCUAUACAAAUGUUAUGGGUCAAUUUAAUUAUGGAUACAUUGGCUAGUUUAGCAUUGGCUACAGAACAACCAUCAGUGGAAUUAUUAGAUCGUGCACCAUAUGGACGUACUCAACCAUUGAUCAGUAGACAAAUGGCUAAAAAUAUCUUAGGUCAUUCUUUAUAUCAAUUGGGUGUUAUAUUUUUCUUAUUAUUUUAUGUUCAAUUAAUAAUGGAAGUCGAUAAUGUAUCGGGGAUAACAGUACAUGAACCAACACAACAUUAUACUAUAAUAUUUAAUACUUUAGUAUUAAUGACAUUAUUUAAUGAAUUUAAUGCAAGAAAAAUUCAUGGACAACGUAAUGUAUUUAGUGGUUUACAUAGAAAUCCAUUAUUUAUUAUAAUUUGGUUUGUAACAUUUUUAUUACAAGCAUUAAUUAUACAAUUUGGUUCAUAUGCAUUCAGUACAAAAGCAUUAGAAUUAGAUCAAUGGGCUUGGUGUUUAUUCUUUGGUGUUGGUGAACUUGUCUGGGGUCAGGUUGUUAAUACAGUACCGAAUGCAAUUAUACCAAAAUGUAAAUGUCGUAAACGUAAACGUCCUACAGUUGUCGGUGUUAACGAAAAUGCAGCUGAUGAAUACAUUAAAGAUGCGAUUGAAGUCGGUGAAGCUGAUGAAGAAGAAGAUGAAAUCUCUCCAUUAUCACUAGGUGGUGCUAAUAUGGGAAUUGGUGGACGUAUUUUAUGGAUUCGUGGUGUAAAUCGUAUUCAAACACAGAUGCAAGCUAUGAAAGUGGUCGAUGCAUUCCGUAUGGGACUUGGACCACAUAUUGAUUUGGAACAACGUAGAAGUAUUGGUUCAUUGGCAUUUAGACAACGUCAAAAUUCUAGUAUUGAAUACGUGGAUGCUGAUGCUCCGGAUGAAUCUUAAUUAUAUCUAUCUGUUUAAAUACGCUUAUGCGUUUAUGUUUGUAUGAAAGCAUAAGCAUCGUUAUUGAUGUCAACGCUCGAUAUAUUGAUUAAACACUAUACAGAAUUAUACCUUUUUAAUUCAUACUUUACCCUAAUAGAUAGUUGAUCAUAUCAAUUAUUAUAAAGACCUAAACAUAUGCGAAAUUUGUAUUUCUUUCCUCCGUAUAUACAAAAUCUUCCUAUCUCCCUAUCUCUCUCUCUUUCUGAUACACACACAUCCACACAUAAGCUACAACUCUCUACGUCCGUGUGUGUGUGUGUGUGUGUGCGGGUACGUGCUCAAUUUUCUUAUAUAAACGGUAUGUAAUUAGCAUUAUAUUGUUAAUGUUGCCAUUGUCUCUGCUGUUAUUGUCGUUCAUUCUUAUUUUCAUGAAUUGACGAUCCCUCCUUCCAACAUUGAUAUACUAUAUAUAUACAUGUAAUAAUAGACAAUAUAUAUUACAUACAUUUUAUUUUCGCUUUAAGGCAACGUUGUUGUUGUUGUUGUUGUUGUUGUCGUCGUCGUUGUUAUAUUGUCCCUUUGUUAUUUCCUCAAUCUUUCAUCUUCAUUCAGUUCUUCGUUUGUUUGUUUGUUUGGUCGUUUGCUUUUCUUCAUUCUCUUCUCUCUCUUUUUUUUCUUCUUUUUGUUGCUUUUAUUGAUUAUUGUUUCUCUAUUUUGUUUUUCUCUUUAAUAUUUUAUAAAAGAAUUUUAAUAAUGAAUCCUGAUUAAAUAAUUCAAGAGAUUAUUUGUAUUAUUGACAAUAUGUUACUUUACUUUCUCAUUUGGUUUUAUUCAAUAUUAUUAUUAGUUUUUAAAAAGAAUUUUUUUUUUAAAUUCUGGCUUAUUAUUAGUAGUAUAUUUAAUAGUAGUAUUGUAACAAGGUAUUCAUUGUUGCCUUUUUUUAUUCUAAAAAAAACAUCAUCAAUAAUUGAUCCAAUAAUGAUCAUAUUUCUCUUG